GAUCUUCUGAAGUCAGCUGAUAUAGCCACUCGACUCAUUCACCAUGGGAUCAUCACUCAUGUGGCUGGAGAGUGCAUGCAGUUUGCAGCACCAAUCAUGCGCAUCAUGUUAGGCCAACGUCUCUUCUAUGCACCAGCUUCGUUGUGCUUGAAAUUGCCAGCUGCACGAAACUUCGAAGAUUUUCUAUUGCGCAGCAUUGAGCGUAUGCAGCCGUCUGUCUUGCAAGAGUCCUUGAGUCGACGCGAUGCAGAUGCCCCUUUGCUGGAAUGGGCAUGGCAGGUAGAGUGGUACCGCGCGGCAACAACCUGCAUCAAAUGCACUACCAUCAGUCCAGACGUCAGCCCGAGGUUUGGUGCGUUAGGCUAUCUCGAUUUUUAUGUAAAUAGCAAAUUCAUGUGGGGUGUGGAGCUUCUACGUGAAGGCAGCAGAAUGAGGGAACAUGCGGAGAG